AUAAUUAAACGCAGCAAAGAAAGAAAGCUCUCUCCUCUCUCUAAAGCUCGUGAACCCAUUAGCCAUGAACAUAAAGAAGAAAGGUAAAGUCCACCCAUCUCCUCCUCCUCCAUCAUCAUCUCCUUCAUCCAAAGGAGAUGACUGUCUCUCUGUCCUGAAGCUUCUCCCCGCUGUGAUUCUCCUCCUCGUCUCAUCUCUCUCCCCCGAAGAUAAGCAAGUCCUUGCUUAUUUAAUCACCCCUUCAGUCAAAACCACCGCCCCCAACACCACCCCUGCCGCCUCCGGAAGAAGAAGAAGCUCAUUUAGUUCGACGAAGAACAAGACAGCUAGAACUCAUCACCAUAAAACCCCGCGUUUCGAUUGUGAAUGUUUCGAUUGCUACACGAGCUACUGGUUUCGGUGGGACUCCUCUCCUAACCGUGAGCUCAUCCACCAGAUCAUCGAAGCCUACGAAGACCAUAUAACCAAGAGCGAGAAAUCAAACGGCGGAGGAAGAAAGAAGAAGGAGAAAUCACGUCGUCGUGGCCGGGUCGUGGAGCCCUCGGGUCGAACCGAAGAACCGGUGGAGCCUGUGGUGAUUACUUCCGGUGAAGCUAAGCCUGAGGAGUCGCCAGAAAUGUCGAGGUUUCCGGUGGGGACUAGGCAGCACAAGGGCUUGGCGAGGAAGGUGUUACCGGACGUGAUGGGUUUGUUCAACUCGCGUUUUUGGAGGCUUUGGAAUCCGAAUGCGUGAGGCAUCUCUCGCUUCAAUAAAAGAAAAAGCUCCUUUCGAUUUUCUAAACAAAUGCUUUGUUCUUGGAUUCCAUUAAACAAAGCUAAAUGCUUUAAUUAUAAUAUAUA